AAUUUCCCUUGUUGUUGUCAGUCAGUGGUUGGACGUGGCCAGCGGGUGUCGAACGUGGGUCAUGCCUCGCUCUGUCAUCUUAUUAGCUCUGUUGUGUGGGGCAGUGGUGGUGAGUUUAGCAGCCAAGUCCCAGAGCUUCGUGGAGAGCAUAUCAGACCCCAAGGACUGGAAGAAGCUGCUCAGGACACGCACUAACAUCCUGGUGCUGUACACGCGAGGGAAGAUCAAGCAGGAGAUCAACACAGUCUUCACGGAGGUUUCUCGGGAGCUACGCGGGACGGCCACUCUGGUCCACGUCGACUGCUCAGGGGAAGGCAAAAAGCUAUGCAAGAAGAACAAGGUGGAGCCGGCGUCCUACGUUCUCAAGCACUACAAGGACGGGGACUUCCACAAGGACUAUGACCGGCGGGAGACCAUCCAGUCCAUGUCCACCUUCCUGCGGGACCCUUCCGGGGACAUUCCCUGGGACGAGGAUGAGCAGGGCGUGGACGUGGUGCACAUAAAUGAUGUUAAUGCCCUCACAAAAUUACUGAAGAAGGAGAGGUCGUUUAUGAUGAUGUUCUACGCCCCGUGGUGUGGGUUCUGCAAGCGCCUCAAGCCGGACUACUCCAUGGCCGCCACGGAGCUCAAGGACACGCACACGCUGGUGGCCAUGGACGUCAACAAACCAGAGAACUCGGCCGCCAGGAUAAAGUAUAACAUCACCGGCUUCCCCACACUCAUGUAUUUUGAAGAUGGAGCACCCAAGUACACCUACGAGGGGGAGAACAACAAGGCCGGCAUCGUGUCCUUCAUGAAGAAUCCCGGUAAGGCCCCUGAGAAGCCCAAGGAGGAGGUGUGGGCAGACACUCCCAGCGACGUCACUCACCUCACGGACGCCACCUUCCAUGAGUUCGUCAAGGGGGAGUCGUCUGUGCUGGUGAUGUUCUACGCUCCCUGGUGUGGUCACUGUAAGCGCAUGAAGCCUGAAUACACAUCUGCUGCCACCAUACUCAAGGAGAAGGGGAUCAUGGGUAAACUCGCAGCCGUCGACACCACCAAGGAGACCAAGCUGGGCACCGAGUUCAGCAUCAAGGGCUACCCCACCAUCAAGUACUUCAGGGACGGGGAGUUUGCCUUCGAUGUGUCCUCGGCACGGGAGAAGGACAAGAUCGUGGAGUUUAUGACAGAUCCCAAGGAGCCCCCACCCCCACCGCCCCCAGAGAAGCCAUGGUCUGAAGUGGAGUCCUCUGUGGUCCACCUCACCGACGAGAACUACAAGUCAUUCCUGAAGAAGAAGAAGCACGUGCUGGUCAUGUUCUAUGCGCCAUGGUGUGGCCACUGUAAGAAAGCCAAACCUGAGUUCAUGGGUGCGGCCGACAGGUUCUCCGAUGACCCCAAGGUUGAGUUUGCCGCCGUGGACUGCACUGCUUUCCAGGCCCUUUGUAGCACUAAUGACGUCAGCGGCUACCCAACAUUCAAGUACUUCAAUUACUACAAAAACACUAAGCCUUAUAACGGCGGACGGACAGAAAUAGACUUCGUUAAAUUCAUGGAGGACCCAGAGAACCCGCUGAGUGGGUCUCCUCCUCCGCCGCCAUCACCACAGGAGGAGUGGGCGGCGGUGCAGGGCGGGGAGCUGAUCCACCACCUGACGGAGGCCACCUUCGACACCUUCAUCAGCAACAAGGAGGCGCUGGUCAUGUUCUACGCGCCCUGGUGUGGCCACUGUAAGGCCAUGAAGGGUGACUUUGGCCAGGCCGCUGUGGAGCUGGCGGCUGAGGGCAAGACAGGGGUGCUGGCCACAGUGGACGCCACGGUGGAGCGCAGUCUGGCAACCCGCUUCCAGAUCCACGGUUUCCCCACCCUCAAGUUCUUCAGGCACGGCCACCUGGUCACUGAGUACAACCGGAGCCGCAAGUCCGCCGACAUCGUGGGCUUCAUGAGAAAUCCACCAAUAAACGGGAAGGAUGAGCUAUAGGUGGCGGCUCGCGGCUCCAGUGAUGUGAAAGCUGAGCCAGUUGUUGUCUAGCUUUUAUAGAGGAGUGGCAGUGGCGUAAGGAGGGAGGGAGGGAAGGAGGAAGCCAUCUCUGGGCUCAGGCGUCUUGGCCACUCGUAUAAUUUUUUAAAGAUCACUGAGAUGAUUAUCGUAAACUAUUGAUUAUAAACUCUUUGAGACUAGGUUUACUGAGAUAGUGAAUCAUCAGUAUUGUGCUCGGUAAAUCUCAAUGCCACUGACUGCAAAAUUCGUUGUCUUACUUUUAUAACUUGACGUUUAUUUGUACGGAUGUUUUGGGGAGCCCCGCUGUGGCAGCGUUGCAUUGCAGUCCUUGUUGAAGCCAGUGGUCGUCGUUCCAGAACAAGCUUAGUACAAAGUAAGAAACAAUUAUUAAUAAGAUGUGAUUAUGUCUUUAAUACAGUUUACUACUACAGGUGUAAUUCAUGGUGUAAUUUCCGUUUAGGGUCGGCAGACAUUCCAUUUAUGUACAGCAUAGCAGAGUUAGUAGAACAAGAUGCACAACAACAGGUCCACUGCAACCUUCUCCAUGUCUAGAAACCUUAUUGGCAUCCACGUUUUCAUUACAUGACAAGCACUACUAGCUAGUGAAGGAAGGGAAUACAGUAUUAGGGAUUGGCUAGGGUCUUACUGUCCUCCAUGUAAAUGCAGGCGUUGGAGGCGACUACCUACACCUUCACCUACACCCUCUGUAUAUUUUCUCCGUGCAUGACAUGUAUUGGCUGGAGAUCAAGAUAGUCAUGGAAAUCUUUGUCAAAAUGUUUGCUGCUGCACAAAAAGGUGCAAAAGCGUACAAUUCCUUGGUGCGAGUUGUUGUUUGUCUAUACGUAUAAAGUUUAUAUGUUUGGGAGCAAAACCGCUGCAUCUGUGUAUUUUCAUCUCCAGCAGCAGCACAAACACAGCUUUAACAAUGCUACCAAGUGUGUGUGCGUGUACAAUUACUUGCUAAUUCUUAAGGUGCAGUUGUUAAUAUUAAUUGUUCAUUUUUUUUAGUUUUUAACAGACGAUGUCUCUGAUAUUACUUAACACAUGCUGGUGAGCCGGGGUUUGGAGUGCUUCAGGUGUUACUCUAGUUAAUGCUGUAGAUGCCAUAAACCUAACUAUUGAAUAAGUAGAGCCGUGAUAUGUAUAAGGUCAACAUCUGCAGCACAAAUCUUUCAACAUGAAUUUUACAAUAACAGCUUCCAUUAAGACUAGGUUGUGGCUUUAAUUUGCUACCCGAGGGCGACAUGAUACUACUCUAGUGGCAUUGGUCUUGUUGAGACUCUCAUGGCAAGGAUACAAAGUCUUCAUCAGAGCUGUAGAAUAGGGGAGGGUGGGCACCUUCAUCACAGGCGCCAUAUUACUGAAAGAGCCGAGGAAAAUGCCAUGCAGAAUUCAAAAUAAUGCUGGUACUUCAGUGUUUAUCUUGUGCUCUGGGUAGGGUCAGAAUCUUGAAGUUCACAGAGCACAAAAAAAUACUAUUAUAGCAUCAAUUUGAAUUUCACACUGCUCUUUAGGUAACAGUGUGAUGCCUGUGAUGAAGCUGGCCACACACUUCUAUUUUAUGGCUCUGAUCUCUCUAAGGGACCUGCCUACCUACCCUCCCGUUUUGUAGAGGUUACCGUAAAAGAAUAUAUUGGAACAUUCGUACGAAAGAGUGUAGGUAGGCGUUGGAAUGUGUGGAACUACCCAUUAGUUACUAUGAAUGUUUUUAUCGGUCAUUACUUUGCGUAGUUAGAGAGAAAAUGUUGAGAAAAUGUGGCAAAACUGUUUCAAAAGUAGAGUUAUGUAUGUUCAGUUUGUACGUAUAUGCCAUUCCAGUUAGUAUUCAAAUCAAGAACAAAAGGUAUACUUAUAAAUAUAUUGAGCCAAGGCUUAAAAAUAAUCUGUUGUCCAAAUAAAAAAAAUUGUCGAUACUC